CAAAGAAAUCUUUUUUGAAAAACAGCCCUCUGCCUCCCAUCUACAUCUUUCUAAAGAUGCUUCAGUUGAGAGUCCUCUGUGCACUUCUGUGCUUCAGCAUUGCCUGGGCAACAGAACAAGGAAGCACUUUUGAAGAACAAGGAGGAGGAGUACGUGGCCCUAGAAUAGUGGAGCAUAAAGCCCAGGGUCAUUGCAAGGCAGAAAAGAGUUGGCCAACAUGCUCUGAUGAUGAAUGGGGCAUUAAAUGUCCUUCAGGAUGCAGGAUGCAGGGACUGAUAGAUGAAACGGAUCAGGAAUUCAACAACCGGAUAAACAAAAUUAAGAAAUUGCUCUCAGAUAAUCAAAACAGCUAUAAGAAAUCAAAUAUUCUGAAACAGGAGGUCACCUCUUUUCUAGAAAGGAAUCUGGUCGAUGAACAAGCGCUAGACGACAGCUAUGGGCAAAUUUCUGAUGAUUUGAGGAGGAGACUUGUGACACUGAAACAAAGAGUUUUUAAUCAAGUAAACAGGAUUAAAGUCCUGCAGAAUACCAUCAGAAAUCAAGUUGGGGAGCUGAAGCGUUUGGAGGUGGACAUUGAUAUUAAGAUACGUGCCUGCAAAGGAUCUUGUGCUCGAACUUACAACUACCAUGUGGACACAGACAGUUAUGACAACAUACAGAAACAGCUCAUACAGUCCGGUUCCAUCAAUCUUGAACCAACAUUUGACACAAAACCUAUGAGGAUACUGAAAAUGAGACCCCUGAAGGAGUCUACUGUUCCUAGCCAUUUCAAAACUGCUCCUCUGUCUGAACAAGAAGCAAACAUACUCGGUCAUAUAAAGCUGGUUGAAGCAGUAUUGGAAGACUCAACAGCAGAGUCCAGAGGAACUCCAGUGGACACCAAAUAUGUCAUGCCUGGAGCAGAGACAAGUAGAUACAACCAGCCUGGAGGAGGUGGUUCUGAUAUGAAAGUUAUACCUUCUGCGACUGGCCAUGUCACACAGACUUGCAUCAGAACCUUCACCAAAAAAGUAAUUCAGGGCCCUCAAGGUAUCAAAGAAGAGAUUGUUGAAGAGUUUAAAACUCCUGAUGGUUCAGACUGUACCCACUUGAAAGGACUGGUCAAAGAAGCUGGAGGCACCCAUCAUAUCAAAGAGACCACUAGUAGUGGUGGUGGAGGAAGCGGCUUGCCUGACUUUUCUUCCUUUGACCCAGACGUAAGAGAUUUUUUUAACUUUGGUCAUGGCAGCAGAGUGCCAGAAACUGCCAGCCACGUGGCAACACCUGGAAGACCAGACUCUUUCUCUCAUCUACAUGAAGAAGAUUAUGAUGAUUUCUCAAGAAUUGAUGACCCUUCUCAUGGAUUCCCUUCUAGAACAAGUAGCGCCACCUCAGGCCAUUCCAAGACUGUUGUGUCCAGCAGUAGCAGUACUACAGGCUUCAAUAAAGGGGGUUCUGCUUUUGAAACCAAGUCACUAAAAGUCUCAGAAGUGGUGCAGCAUGACGAGAGUGCAGAGGAUAAUCCUGAUUUCCGCGCACGGAGCUUGGCCACAGGAGGAGUGAAGCUGGGGGAAAGCUACACCGGGACAGACUGUGAGGAUAUCCAUCAAAAACACACUUCUGGUGCCCAAAGUGGCAUUUUCAGAAUCAAGCCAGCAGGAUCCGCUAAGGUUUUUUCAGUAUAUUGCGACCAAGCGACCACUUUGGGAGGAUGGCUUCUGAUCCAACAGAGAUUGGAUGGGUCAUUGAAUUUUAACCGGACCUGGGAAGACUACAAGAAGGGUUUCGGCAACGUGGAUGACAGAGGGAAAGGAGAGUUCUGGUUGGGCAAUGAAAACCUCUACCUAUUGACCCAGAAGGACACGGUCCUCCGGGUUGAAGUAGAGGACUGGGCAGGCAAUGAAGCUUAUGCAGAGUAUAUUAUACAUAUAGGUUCUGAAUCAGAAAGUUAUAGACUCAGUGUGUCUGACUAUGUGGGGACAGCUGGGGAUGCUCUUAUCAAAGGCUCAGAGGAAGAAGGCAGCGAAUACACUGCUCACACUAACAUGAAGUUCAGUACUUUUGAUAGAGACAGUGACCAGUGGGAAGAAAACUGUGCUGAAGUGUAUGGAGGUGGCUGGUGGUACAAUAAUUGCCAAGCUGCUAAUCUCAAUGGGAUUUACUACCCAGGGGGUCAGUAUGACCCAAGGAACAAUGUUCCCUAUGAAACUGAAAACGGGGUGGUUUGGGUACCCUUCAAGCCCUCUGACUACUCUCUUAAAGUUUCUAGAAUGAAAAUUCGCCCUAUAGCAACAGAUUAGCUGUUGGGGAGGGGGGCAACGUCUCAAAUUAUAUAUACCUCAAUGUUAUGGAUUUUUCUGUGUGUGUAUUCAUAUGCAUUUUAUAUUCCAAAGCAAACAAAUUAAAUGCAAUUGAGAGACCUCUGCCUAUUAAAUAAAAUAAACAGCUUCACUC